GCCUAUUGGGAAUACUAGAUUAUAAAUAAAUAAAAAAAAAAAAAAAGAGAUAUCCUCCUUUCUCUCUCUUCUUUCAGUCAUCUUUUUUUUUCUUCUUCUUUUCUUAAAAAAUGUCCUUUGUUAGGUCAAGAAAGAUAUCUGAAAAGACGGAUGAUCCAUUCAUCAAGGAAUCCGUCAUUAAAGGAGUAGCCUACAAGGAGACACCUUCAUGGAUAUCUUCCAUGCACGAUCAGAUUCGUCUGACAGUUUUAACUACCUUGGGUCUCUACUUGCGUUCCAUGAAACUAGGUUAUCCUGCUUACGUGACUGAUCUAGAGAUAGAAAUUACCAAACAAGUCAAUUGGUACAUGGCAGGCAAGUUCUUUAUCGGCAAGUUUCCUCCACUCGUAGGAAUCAUUUGUUCUGGUCUAUCUCGUAUUGUGGGUUACUAUGGAACAGAGUCCUUAAACUAUGCUGGACAACCCUUUGUGGAGUUUCCAUUGGUGGCUCUAAGAAGGUUUUCUGCACUCUUGGGCGCUUCCUUGAUUCCCAUCAUGUAUAUGACAAUUCGUGGUUUAGGCCAUUCGCGUGCUGCUGCAACAUUGGCUGCAGGUCUACUCAUAUUUGAAAACGGAUUAAUCACUCAAUCAAGGUAUGCUACACCUGAAGUCUAUGUCUUGUUCUUUAGUGCCAUGGCAACUUUAUCUUGGACUUAUAUGCAUAAAAAUCAAAGUCAAGUGAUUCAAUCGACGAUUUGGCAACUGAUCACUGGUGCUUCUUUAGGGUGUGCCGUUAGUUGCAAAUGGACAGGCAUGUUGGCACUUCCCAUGGUUUGGGUUUCUAUCGCUUUCGAAACCUAUAAUAAAUUAUGUGAUAAGAGAAAUACCGUCAAAUCCGUCAUCAAACAAAACGCCAUUUAUUUACUCACCGUUGGUCUCUUACCGCUUGUCAUUUACGGUCUUAUCUUUAGCUUUCAUUUAGCAUUGAUUCCUUUAGCCGGUGAUCAUGACUUGUUAUUAAGCUCACAUCUCAAGUAUUCUUUGGUUGGCAACGUGCUCGAACCCAGUCAACCUAAUAUUGCGUAUGGCUCACAGAUUGUGAUUAAACACGCAGGUACAGCAGGUGGAUAUCUUCAUUCUCAUCAAAAACGGUUUUCUGGUGGUAGCACACAACAAGAAGUCACUUUGUACCCUCAUGUUGAUCUUGGCAAUGUCUGGACCGUCCAUAAAGCCAACCAAAUCUGGAACUCCUCUUUACCUAUUGAAUUUGUUAACAACAAGGAUAGUAUUCGUUUAGAGCAUUAUCCUUCCACGCGUAAACUUCACUCGCAUGACCAUCGACCUCAACUCUCUGCCAGAAAAGAACACAAUGAAGUCACUGCGUACGGAGAUCGAUAUAUUCAAGAUUCUCAUGAUUUCUGGACCCUGAAUAUCUUGACGGAUGAAAAUCGACCUUCCAAAGAUACCACAUUGACUUGGAAAUCUUUAAAUCAGCGCUUUCGUUUGGUACAUGCUAGAGGUUGUGUCUUGAUCAGUCAUCAUGCUUAUUAUGGUCCCCCCGCAGGUGAGAAUCAUCAAGAAGUCACCUGUAUGGCCAGUGCAGGUACACAUAUCUCGCCAUGGAUCGUCGAAUCGUCCUACCAUGACCAAUUGGAUAAGAUGGUGCCAAUCUCCUACGAAAAAAUGUCUACAUGGGGUAUGAUUAAAGAACUUCAUCAACUCAUGAAGACCUACCCUGAUGUUGUCUAUGACAGACUAAGUGCUGGUGCUACUGUGGAAGGAGCUACCAAUCCACGUUCCAACAUGGACGAUAAUCCAAACAAGUGGUUCCUGAAACGUGCUACUCUUCGUCUCUGGAACGAGUUGGCGGGUUAUUCUAGUCAUCUUGUCAUUAAUCCCAUUGUUCAACGCGUCAUCUUGAUGUCCAUGGCUACUUGUAUUGGUUUCUUGGGCUUAAAUGCAUUCUUGGUACAAAGACAAUUAAAGUUACCUUAUUAUCUCUCCUGGUUGUACCCCGCUGGUUUGCAUGUUGUGAGCAAUGAAUUCUAUACAAGAUCUAUUCUAGUGUUUUACAGUGCCGUGUUGAUCCAAUUUACAGGACUUCGUUUCACACCUUCCUUUGAUUUGAGCAUGUCUGAUAUUUUAAGUAGCAUGUAUUUCGGUACAGGUCUUAUUGCGACAAUGUUAGAAUCAGGAACGUUACGUUUACCAGCUCUUUACCGCCGUAUCUUGUUUUACGGUCUUAUCGGUCUCAGUGUAGUUAAAUUCUCUCAUUUAUCUCAUCUGGCUUACGGUGGUAAGACAUGGUACCGACAUGAAUGUGAAGCCAGUGGUCUUGACAUUGAUUGUCUCGCAUUCCCACCUCACCCUCAAGAACUCGCGAAUAUGCUGGAGAACAGUGGUAUCACCAAGGAUUCUACGCAAUUGACUAUCUAUAUCGGAUUAGCAGGCAUGUCCCAACCUUUCCGAUACAACCAAGGACAAGAAGUAGAGGCAGACCAGCAUAUCGCUAUUUUAAAGAAGGCAUCGUUUCAUCAAGAAGCCAAUGUGGCUAAAGGCCCCCUUCGUUAUCAUCGUGUUUUACCUACACCGGGUAUUACACCCGAAGACGCAGCACUUUGGGCUCAAGAUGUAACUGAAAAGGGUAUGGAACGUGUGCUUGCUCAGGAUUUACAAGAGGUUCAAGCUUUGGCGGCAGCUGCUGUGGCUCAUGAAGAAAAAAAGAAGAUUGAAGCUCAAAUUGGACAAACAGGUACCAUUCGAUUUUUGGACCAAAAAAAUCAGCUCCCCAUUCUUCAACCAGCAGCACCACAGUAAUAAAACAGAUUGAUUCAUUUUUUUAAAAAAAAAAUAAAAAAAAAAAUCCUAUAUACGAU